CUUCAACUCAAUCAUGAACGUGAACAAUCAACAUACUGCAACGACAGCUUCAACUGAUGUUGAGCAUGACCAUGAAGAAAGUGAGACAAUUUCAGUGAUUUCAGUCAUUAUGCCAAAUAUCCACGAAGAUAACAGUAAAAGAGAAUUGGAUUACUCGAAUACCAAGCACCAAUAUAAGCAAUGUGAUAUGUUUGGAAGAAAACAUGACUUUCAGUGUGGGAAGAAUGUUGAGCCGAAGUUGCGAAAGUACGAGGUUGAACCUUUUUUUAGUACACACAAUGAUUCGAAAUAUCAGAAAUCAUUAAAAAGAAUGUCACCAAAGCAAACAACUGGCAAAAUCAAGAAGGAGAAACAUAGAAUGCGCACAAGCAAAAUCACUACGAUAGCUUUGAGUCCUGUUGUGGAAAAAGAAGAGAAAGAAAACGAAACAUUGAAUCAAGAGGAUACUCCUCAACCAGAACAAACUAAUCUCAAUUCAGUUAACAAGGAGAAUGAAAAGAUGGUAAUUGAUUCCACCACAAGUUUUGAUGUUUUCAUGAUCAUGUUUCUAGUUGGAUUAUAUACAAGCAGAAAAUAUGGACAAAAACACAACUCUAAUUCAUAACAACUUGCAAUAAUAAACAACACACUGAUUAAUAG